GAACCCCCUGGCCUUUGCUUAUCGCCGGUGUAAAGUGUAUUUAUCUAAGUAGGUGUUCUUUCCAUAAUUGUGGUUUGGAAAUGUAGUUUGUUACAGUCAGUGUAAUCACAUGUAUGAUAAAGAAGGAAAACACUAUGAUGUGCAGGACAUAAUUUCAUAACUUUGCACUCAAGUAAAAAAGAGAUUUUUUUAGAACAACAGUUAAAGUUCAUUCUUAGUGUAAAAAUUUGAAAUGAGAAAAUGAAUUUCAAGUUUCAUAUUAUUUUUAUUCUAGGGUUUAGUUCCCUUGGGGUAUAUGAGAGCAAGGCUAGUGAUUAUGGAAUCUUGAACAUGAAACCAGUGUCAGAGAAGGUCAAUAAUCUGAAUCUAGCACUAGAUCAGCAACCAGUACAAGAUCAGCGACCAGCACUAGAUCAGCAACUAGUUCUGGAUCAGCAACUAAUACUGGAUCAGCAACCAGCACUAGAUCAGCAACCAGUACUAGAUCAGCAACCAGUACUAGAUCAGGAACAAGUACCAUAUCAGCAACUAAUACUGGAUCAGCAACCAGCACUAGAUCAGCAACCAGUACUAGAUCAGAAACCAGUACUGGAGCAAAAAACAGCCAUAGAUCAGCAACCAGCACUAUAUAAGCAACCAGUACUGGAUCAGCAACCAGCACUGGAUCAGCAACCAACACUGGGUCAGCAACCAGUACUGGAUCAGCAACCACCACUAGAUCAGCAACCAGUACUGGAUCAGCAACCGCCACUAGUUCAGCUGCCAGCACUAGAUCUGCAACCAGAGCAGUUUAUUAACCUAGUAUCAAUAUCAGAGCAAAGUAUUAAAAUGCAGCCAGCUAUACUCCAGGCUGAUCUUACCUUACAAGAGUAUUUAACUCUAGAAUUAAAUGAAAUCAGUUCUAAUGUUUAUCUGAAAAUGAGUUUAGCUGAAUCCCGUAAAUAUGAACCAAGUUUUUUUUUGGAUUUUACAAAUUCUGAAAAUUCUACAGGCAAAUCUUAUUCUCUAACAGAUUAUUUUAUUGAUACUCCUGGUGAUUCUACACUAGUUGGUUUAGAAGAUGGGGUUUAUGAUGCUUCUGGUGGUUCUGCACUAGUUGGUUUAGAAGAUGGGGUUUAUGAUGCUCCUGGUGGUUCUCCACUAGUUGGUUUAGAAGAUGGGGUUUAUGAUGCUCCUUGUGGUUCUCCACUAGUUGGUUUAGAAGAUGGGGUUUAUGAUGCUCCUCGUGGUUCUGCACUAGUUGGUUUAGAAGAUGGGGUUUAUGAUGCUCCUCGUGGUUCUGCACUAGUUGGUUUAGAAGAUGGGGGUUAUGAUGCUCCUGGUGGUUCUCCACUAGUUGGUUUAGAAGAUGGGGUUUAUGAUGCUCCUGGUGGUUCUCCACUAGGUGGUUUGGAAGAUGAAUUUAAUGAUGCUCCUGGUGGUUCUCCACUAGGUGGUUUAAAAGAUGGGUUUUAUUAUGCUCCUCGUGGUUCUGCACUAGAUGGUUUAGGAGAUGGAUUUAAUGGUGCUCCUGGUGGUUCUGCACUAGAUGGUUUAGAAGAUGGGUUUAGUGGUGCUCCUGGUGGUGGACCACUAGAUAGUUUGAAAGAUGGUUUUUUUGAUCCAAUAACAAAAGAAGAACAAGAUACAACAACAGAAGUAGACACAGCAGCAACAACAACAACAAACGCAACAAUAAAUACAACAACAGCAACAACAGAAGAAGACACAGCAGCAACAACAAUAACAUCGACAACAGAAAAAGAAACAACAACAACAACUUCAUCAACAACAUCAACAACAACUUUGUCAACAACAUCAACAACAGAAGAAGAAACAACAACAGAAGAAAUGGAAACAUCAACA